AAAAAUUAUGGGGCUGAGGCGGCUUGGCGUAUCUUUGGCGCGGUAUACGCUAGUCCCGAUUUGAGGCCAAGGCAAGGGCUAACCCUAGCCCUGGGCACCGCACGACGCUAAGCGAUCAAACGGUUGGAAGACGAACUUGCGACUGCAGCGACCGACGACGACGACAUCAACACCCCUUCAGCGGAAUCCAGGUAUAUAUCUUGAUUCAAGAUGACGAAGGGUACCUCCAGCUUUGGUAAGCGUCACAACAAGACGCACACGCUUUGCCGACGAUGCGGAAAGCGUUCUUUCCACAUCCAGAAGAGCACCUGUGCCAACUGCGGUUACCCUGCUGCUAAGACACGGAAGUUCAACUGGGGUGAGAAGGCCAAACGCCGCAAGACCACCGGUUCCGGCCGUAUGCGCUACCUCAAGACCGUCGACCGCAAAUUCCACAACGGAUUCCAGACUGGUGUCCCCAAGGGUUCCCGUGGCCCCUCCACUGCUUAAAUUAUACCGUUAACGAAUCCUCUUGAACUCGUUUUUAUGUUCCAAUAAAGUCGAUGGAGUUGGGGAUAAUGCAUGUCUAAAAAACCGUGGGAAAAUGUUGCAGCAUCUGGAUUCGUUGGAGGGGGUGGUCUGUGAUGGAUGAAUGACCGACCAAGAUAGACGAUGGAGACUAUUCACAUCUCCUAUUUUCACGUCUUACUUCAUAUUUGGCGACCACGACACUUUUCCGGUUUUGAUGGGAAGGGUUGAAAUGGCGCUUCUGAAUUUUUCCAAAUUUGUGUUGGUACCAUGGCUG